CCUCUCCAUCCCCAUAGGUGCCCCAUGGUGGAGGUGACGGUGACGCCGCGCUCCUCCCUCGCCGACCGCCCCAUCCGGGUGCUGGUGCGGGGCCUGUCCCCAUCCCAGCUCAUCACCCUACGGGCCUGGCUCCGGGAUGAGCAAGGGGAACGCUUCCAAGCCCGGGCCUUCUUCCGUGCGGAUGCUAUGGGCGAGGUGGACCCCGGGUACCAACCUGCCCUUGGUGGUACCUACAGAGGCCUCUCCCCUAUGGGGCUGCUGUGGUCCCUGCAGCCGGAUACCCCCUUCCGCCGCCUGCUCAAGAGGGAUGUGACCGGCAGCCCCUUCCGCAUCCAUGUGGAAGCCUUCGAUGGCGUCCUCCUCGUCGAUGGACCCCAGGACCGGCCCUUGGCUUCCUGUGAAGCCGAGCGUUGGUUUGUGGGUGCUGGGGUGCAGAGGGUGCCCAUCAGGGAGGGCAGGGUCCGGGGGGCCCUCUUCUUGCCGCCUGGCCCAGGCCCCUUCCCGGGCGUCGUGGACCUCUUUGGGGGUGCAGGAGGUCUCAUUGAGUUCCGAGCGGGGCUCUUGGCCAGCCGGGGCUUUGCGGUGCUGGCUUUGGCUUUCUUUGCCUAUGAGGACCUGCCCCGCACCAUGGCCCUGCUGGACCUCAACUACUUCGAGGAGGCGACAGCGGUGCUGCUGCAGCACCCCAAGGUGCGAGGCCCUGGGUUGGGCGUCAUCGGUGUCUCCAAAGGAGCAGAGGUGGCUUUGGCCAUGGCUUCCUUCCUGCCGUCGGUGGUGGCCACGGUGUGGAUCAACGGCACCGCUUUCCUCCAUGGCAACCCUUUGGUCUACAAGGACCUCCGCAUCCCCGCUAUUCCCUAUGGGAUCGAGCGCGUCCUCAUCACCGAGAUGGGCGCUUUGGAUAACUCCGCUGUCCUCAAUGACCCCCAGCGCCCCAUUCCCAGCUCCUCGGCCAUCCCAGUGGAGAGGAUCAAUGGGAAGGUGCUGUUUAUAGUGGGAGAAGCCGACCGCAGCCUCAACAGCAAGCUCUAUGCCAAGCUGGCCAUGGCACGGAUGCAGCCGGAGCAUGGGCGCAUCCUGUCCUACCCUGGGGCCGGGCACCUCAUUGAGCCCCCUUGCUCCCCACUUUGCAGCAUGUCCUGCAUCAAGGGGAGCCCCCGACCCCUGCUUUGGGGGGGUGAAGCCAAGGCCCAUGCCAGGGCUCAGGAACACUCAUGGGAGGAGAUGAUCCGCUUCCUAGCGCACGAGCUGGGAUGUGCUGGGGCGAAGCUGUGAUGGGGAUGGGGAAAGGGAUGCCCUUAAUAAA